UACAGCUCUCAAGUGGGCAGCACCACCGGGACACGACUCCCUCCGCCAUGUCUUCUUCCCCUUCCUCGGCCCACUGGCUGAGCCUCGUCGGGAGCAUCUGGCUGCAGACCAUCAACGGGCCCAACGCCGACUUCCCCGUCUACUCGUCGCAGCUCAAGGACCUCAAGCACAUCUCGCAGGUGCAGCUCAACUUCCUGGCCUUCGCGUCCGACGCCGGCAAGCUCUUCGGCUGGUUCUCCGGGGUGGCCGCGCUCUACCUGCCGCUCUGGCUCGUCGCCUUCGUCGGCGCCGCGUUCGGCCUCGUCGGCUACGGCGUCCAGUACCUGUUCCUCGACAGCGCCGGCCUCCGGUACUGGCACCUGUUCCUGCUCACCUCCCUGGCCGGGAAUGGCAUCUGCUGGAUCAACACCGUCUGCUACCUCCUCUGCAUCCGCAACUUCGGCUCCAGCAGCCGCGUCGCGGUGAGCCUCGCCACCAGCUACCUCGGCCUCAGCGCCAAGGUCUACACCAGCCUCGCGGACUCCAUACCCGGCCUGGCCAACUCCAAGGCCAAGGCCUACCUCCUCCUCAAUGCCGUCGUGCCCAUGCUCGUCACCGUCGUGGUGGCGCCGUCGCUCCGGGUGGUCGACCUCACGAGCGCCGCGAGCACGGACGCGGCAUUCCUCGUCAUGUUCGCCAUCACGCUCGCCACGGGCGCCUGCGCCGUCGUCGGCAGCAUCGGCUCCACGUCCAACGGGCUGUCGUCGAGGGAGCACAUGGUCAGCCUCAGCGUGCUGCUCGCCACCCCCAUCCUCAUCCCGCUCGCGCUCAGGAUCCGCGAGAGCCUCAACAAGAUACGGGAGACCAAGCGGGAGAACAGGAUCCACGACCUCGGCGCCGACGACGACGCCGACGCCAUCGAGAGGGUCGUCGCCAUCGAUAUCGCCGACGCUGGGAGCAAGGAGGGGGACUCCGCCGCGGAGAAGCCGCGAGAGGAGAUCGGCGGCCUCGGGCUGCUGAGGAAGCUGGACUUCUGGCUCUACUUCUUCAGCUACAUGUUCAGCGGCACCCUGGGUCUGGUGUUCCUGAACAACCUGGGACAGAUCGCCGAGUCGCGACGGCUCGCGCAGACUUCCACUCUGGUCUCGCUGUCGUCGUCGUUUGGAUUCUUCGGCCGCCUGCUCCCUUCCUUCCUGGACUACUACUCCGCGAAGAGUGGCUACUCCAUCUCAAGGACGGGAUCCAUGGCGUCACUGAUGGCGCCCAUGGCGGGCGCCUUCUUCCUGCUGCUCUACCCGAGCGACUUGUUCCUGUACCUGAGCACGGCGGUGAUCGGCACGUGCACGGGCGCCAUCACGUCGGUGGCCGUGUCGGCGACGGGCGAACUGUUCGGCACCAAGAACUUCGGCGUGAACCACAACGUGGUGGUGACCAACAUCCCCGUCGGCUCGCUUUGCUUCGGCUACUUCGCGGCGUACCUCUACCAGCGCGGGGCGCGGGGCAGCCACCGCUGCAUCGGCGCCGGCUGCUACCAGGAGACGUUCGUGGUGUGGGGCGCGACGUGCGCCGUGGGCACGCUGCUCUGCGCCGUGCUCUACGCGCGGUCGCGGAGCUUCGCCGGGAGGCUACCGGCGGCGGCGGCCGGAGGAGCAGUAAGGACAUCAUGCCUCGCCCGCUUAGCUAACCUCGUCUCGUAGGUGGUAGCACGCAGGCGCUCCAGAAGUUAAUGAUCUCUGAGGGCCUGAUUAAUCAUACAACCAUGGAUCAAAAAGCAUCUGCCUGUAGGCGGUGUAAUUUUUGAUCUUUUCUUUUUUGGGGGUGUUUUCUUGACUGAUCCCGGUCGAAGGGGAUGCAGAAAAGCCUGGGGGGAGGCUGAGUAGAUAUUGUGCAGCAGGUUGGACAGCUUUUUACUUGGUGCAUAUAGUAUAUAUGCAUGUAUAUGAUGAGUGGUAAACUUAAACUUGAAAGGAAUUCAGGUUUAUUUAAUUUCGUGCU